CCCUGACCGUCGGGUGCUGCAGGAGAGCAGGAGCUGGGCAGGGUGCUGCAGAGCUCUGUGCAGCGCUGUGCCUCGUGUGCUGAGGGAUGGGUUGUCCACACCUGGGGGCACAGACAUCCCCGUGGUGCUCGCUGUGCCCUGGGCUCCAGCCUGGUGUCCCUGCUCCGGGCACUGCAGCGUCGCUGGGGUUGGGCAGCUCCAUUGUGCCCAUGGGGAGUGCCAGCAACCGCGCAGCUCGAGUGCUGGUGUAGUUAGUGCAGGAGCACCGUGCUCCGCAUCCGUUGUCCGGUGGGGUGCUGGGCUGUGGCUGGCCCCUGCAGCACCCAGCCGGGUGUUGAGGAAGCAGAGGUUUGCACAAGCCGGUGGGGUGCACGUGACCCGGGGAGAAAGGCAGGAGGAACUGCCAGCACCCCACGCAGCGCCUCGGGUCCCCGAGCUGCACGGCUGGCCAUGGCCCCCUGGCUGCCCACCAAGGAGAAGUAUGGCGUGGCUGUGUGGAACUUCCCCAGCGCCAACGAGCAUCACCUCCCUCUGCAGAUCGGGGAGACGGUGCACAUCCUGCAGGCGUCCGAGGGCUGGUACCGCGGGUACUCGCUCAGGAACAGGGCUGCCCGGGGCAUCUUCCCGGCCUCACUGAUCCACCUGAAGGGCGCCGUGGUGGAGCGCAGGGGGGCGGAGGAGAGUGUGGUGCCCGCCGAGAUGCCCAUGGUGCAGGAGAUCACCACCACGCUGCGGGAGUGGGCCACCAUCUGGAAGCAGCUCUACGUGACAGGGCAGAUGGAGCGGUACCGCAAGGUGAAGCAGAUGAUGUACGAGCUGAUGGAGCAGCGCUCGCAGCUGCUCUCGGGGACGCUGCCCAAGGACGAGCUUCUGCAGCUCAAGAAGGAGGUGACCAGCAAGAUGGACUACGGCAACAAGAUCCUGGCGCUGGACCUGGUGGUGCGGGACGAGGACGAGAACAUCCUGGACCCUGACAGGACCAGCGUCAUCAGCCUCUUCCAGGCGCACAGGAGGGCCGCACAGACCAUCACCCAGCGCAUCCAGGAGGAGACGAGCUCUCAGCAGAGCCAGCCGGGCUGCAGCGCGCGCCUGGCGGCGUCGCCCUCCCACAGCCUCUACCUCUGCGUGCGCAACUUCGUCUGCAACAUCGGCGAGGAGGCGCAGCUCUUCAUGGCGCUGUACGACCCGGGGGAGCAGCGCAUGAUCAGCGAGAGCUACGUGAUCCACUGGGCCAGCACGGGCGUCCCGCGGGACAUCGAGCUGCUCAACAACCUCCGGGCCAUCUUCACGGACUUGGGCAGCAAGGACCUGAAGCGGGAGAGGCUUUUCCUGGUGUGCCAGAUCAUCCGGGUGGGCCGCAUGGACCUGCGCGAGACCCUCAGCCGCAAGCUCAGCACGGGGCUGCGGCGGCCCUUCGGCAUCUCGGUGAUGGACAUCACCGACAUCACCAAGGGGAAGUGCGAGAGCGAUGAGGACAAGCAGCACUUCAUCCCUGUGCACCUGGCGGCCGCGGAAAAUGACUUCCUUCACAACAUGAUCAGGAAAGCAGUGGAGGGGAAGGACAUCAACCACAAAGGACAAGGAUUCUGGGUGUCCCUGAAGAUGCUGUGGGGAGACCUGAACCAGGUGCGCAAGGACCACCCGCACCUCGUGGACCGCAGCACGGUGGUGGCACGCAAGCUGGGCUUCCCGGAGGUCAUCAUGCCAGGGGACAUCCGGAACGACAUCUACCUGACGCUGGUGCAGGGUGAGUUCGACAAGGGGAACAAGAAGACGCAGAAGAACGUGGAGGUGACGGUGUGCGUCUGCGACGAGGCGGGCAACGUGGUGCAGAACGUGAUUUACCACGGGGCGGGGGACAAGCCGGCCAGCGAGUACCGCUCCGUGGUGUACUACCAGCAGCGGCACCAGCGGUGGAUGGAGACGGUGAAGAUUGCGGUUCCCAUUGAGGAUGUCCACAAAACCCACCUGCGCUUCACCUUCAGGCACCGCUCCUCCAGUGACACUAAAGACAAAAGCGAGAAGAUUUUCUCCAUGGCCUUCGUGAAGCUGAUGCGCCCCGACGGCACCACGCUACGUGAUGGGGAGCACGACCUCAUCCUCUACAAGGGGGACAGCAGGAAGCUGGAGGAUGCGGGCUCGUACCUGGGGCUGCCCUCCACCAGGAGCCCCUCGGAGCCCCGGAUCCUCUCCGGGUCCUCGUUCCGUGUGGGUGGGAGCGCGUCGGGCCUGGCCGUGUCGGCACGGGACAGCUUCCAGAUCUCCACGCUCGUCUGCUCCACAAAGCUGACCCAGAACGUGAACUUGCUGGGGCUGCUGAAGUGGCGGGCCAAGCCCAGCCUGCUGGCAGGGAACCUGCAGAAGCUGAUGCAUGUGGAUGGAGGGGAGGUCAUCAAGUUCCUCCAGGACACGUUGGAUGCUUUGUUCUCCAUCAUGAUGGAGAACGCGGACACUGACGUCUAUGACAUGCUCAUCUUUGAUGCCCUGGUGUUCAUCGUGGGGCUGGUGGCUGACAGGAAGUUCCAGCACUUCAACGCUGUCCUGGAGGCAUACAUCCGCCAGCACUUCAGUGCCACACUCGCCUACAAGAAGCUGAUCGCGGUGCUGACGCAGUACGUGGAGCAGGCGAGCCGGGGGGAGCCCUGCGAGCCCCUCCUGCGCACCUUCAAGGCCCUGGAGUACAUCUUCAAGUUCAUCGUCCGCUCCCGGCACCUCUUUGCCCAGCUCUACGAGGGGAAGGAGACGGCCGAGUUCCAGCGCUCGCUGCAGCGGCUCUUCCAGACCCUGAACCAGCUGAUGAAGUCCCCAUUGGAGGGGCCCACGCUGCUGUCCCAGGGGGCGGCCCUCAAGUAUCUGCCUUCCAUCCUGGAGGAUGUCUUUGGGAUCUUCGACGCCUCUGUGCUGGGGGUCCUGCUGCGGGACUUCAUCGGCAACCUGCAGCCGCAGCGCCUGCUGAGGCAGAAGCUGCAGUCCCUGACCGACAUCGUCAACAGCAAGGUCUUCCAGUCCUACGAGUGCCGGGACCUGCUGCUGCGCAUGGCCGUGCCCGUCCUGCGGGACCUGAUCGAGAGGGGCGAGGAGGAGGACGCCUGCGUGGAGCUGCUCAGCACCAUCCUGGAGGUGCUGUACACGGCCCAGAAGAGAGCGGAGGAGAACCGGCACAGGGAGCGCGGUGACUCGGAGCUGGUGAAGGUGAAGAGGCACGUCCAGCUGAUCCUGGAGCGGCUGCUGCACACCGUCAACAGGAGGGUGAUCGUCCUGGAGAGGGACAACAGCCUCAGGAGUCACUACGUGGCAUGCAUGGCCGCCAUCCUGAGCCAGAUGGACACGGACCACUACCACUCCUACAUCCAGGCCUUCCCCUCCCGGCCUGAGCUGAUGGACUUCCUCAUGGAGACUUUCAUCCUCUUCAAGGACCUCAUUGGCAAGACGGUGUACCCCUCCGACUGGAUGGUGAUGAACAUGGUGCAGAACCGGGAGUUCCUGCGCGCCAUCAACCAGUUUGCCACCACCCUGACAGAGAUGUUCCUGAGCAGCAGCAGCUUCGAGCUGCAGCUUUGGAACAACUAUUUCCACCUGGCCGUGGCUUUCCUCACCCAGGACUCCCUGCAGCUGGAGAACUUCUCGCAGGCCAAGCGCAGCGCCAUCCUGGCCAAGUAUGGGGACAUGAGAGCCAAGAUCGGAGCCGCCAUCCGGGACAUGUGGUACAACCUAGGCCACCAUAAGAUCGAGUUCAUCCCAGGCAUGGUGGGCCCCAUCCUGGAGAUGACGCUUGUGCCGGAGCUGGAGCUGCGCAAGUCCACCAUCCCCAUCUUCUUCGAUAUGAUGCUCUGCGAGUACCAGCUGACCGCCAGCUUCAGCCGGUUUGAGGAUGAGAUCCUGCGCAAACUAGACAGUGAGGUGGAGGGCGGCCGGGGCGACGAGCAGUACAAGGAGCUUUUUGAAAGCAUUCUGCUCAGCUGCUGCCGGGCACACCCCGAGCUGGCCCGGCCUGGGGAGAGCUUCGUGGCGCUGGUGACGGGGCUCCUGGAGCGGCUCCUGGACUACCGGGCAGUGAUGAAUGACGAGAACAAAACCUACAGCAUGAGCUGCACCGUCAACCUGCUGAACUUCUACAAGGAGAUCGACCGCCAGGCCAUGUACAUCAGGUACCUGUACAAGCUGAGGGACCUGCACAUCAGCUACGAGAACUACACGGAGGGAGCCUACACGCUGCUGCUGCACGCGCGGCUCCUCAAGUGGUCAGACGAGGCGAACACGGCACCCAUGCAGGGCCUGCACAGCCCCAGCCUGCACACCCAGCGCCAGCUGAAGGAGGCUCUGUACAACCAGAUCGUCAACUACUUCGAUCAAGGCAAGAUGUGGGAGGAAGCCAUCCAUAUCUGCAAGGAGCUGGCGGAGCAGUACGAGAGCGAGAUCUUCGACUACGAGAUGCUGAGCGAGAUCCUGCAGCGAGAAGCCAAGUUCUACGAGAAGAUCCUGAAGGUGCUGCGGCCCAGCCCAGACUACUUCGCUGUCGGCUACUACGGGCAAGGCUUCCCCACCUUCCUGCGGAACAAAGUCUUCAUCUACCGCGGCAAAGAAUACGAGCGCCGGGAGGACUUCGAGUUGCGGCUGCUGAGCCCCUUCCCCAACGCCGAGAAGCUGCAGACUACGUCCCCGCCCGGCCCCGACAUCACGGAGUCCCCAGGGCAGUACAUCCAGUGCUUCACCGUGCAGCCGGCGGAGGAGCCCAGGAUCCGGCUCAGGGACCGCAGCAUCCCCGAGCAGAUCACCAAUUUCUACAAAGCCAACCAUGUCCAGAAGUUCAGCUACUCGCGGCCCUUCAAGAAAGGCCCAAAGGAUCCGGACAAUGAAUUUGCAAACAUGUGGAUCGAGCGGACCACCUUCGUGACAGCCUACCCGCUGCCCGGCAUCCUGCGCUGGUUUGCGGUGACCUCCACCACCACGACCGUCAUCUCCCCCCUGGAGAACGCCAUCGAGACCAUGAUGAAAACAAACGAGAAGAUUCUGAGCGAGAUCAACCGGCACCAGAACGACCCCGGCUUGCCCAUCAACCCGCUCUCCAUGCUCCUCAACGGCAUCGUGGACCCUGCCGUCAUGGGCGGCUUCGCCAAGUACGAGACGGCUUUCUUCCAGGAGCCGUAUCCGGAGGAGCACCCCGAGGACCAGGGCAACAUCGAGAGGCUGAAGGACCUGAUUGCCUGGCAGAUCCCGCUGCUGGCAGAGGGAAUCCGGAUCCACGGACAGAAGGUGACGGAGGAUCUGCGGCCCUUCCACGAGCGCAUGGAGCAGUGCUUCGUGCAGCUGCGGGCCAAGGUGGAGAGCCAGUACGGGGUGCGGGAGAUGAUCUCCUUUGAGGACCGGCGGAGUGGACGACCCCGGUCUGUGACCUGGGGACCAGACUGGGAGCGGCUGAGCCACGCUGGAGACAGCACGGAGGCAUCCCCGCUCCCAAGGCCAACCCCACGGAGCGCCGAGAGCGAGCGCAGGGAGAACCGCUCCAGCACAUUCUUCACGUACCGGCGGCAGGAGCCGCGCCAGUCCGCCUCGGAGCCGCCGGAGCCCAAGGACGACAGGCGGAGACACUCCCGGAGCGUGGGUGAGAGCGGCCCGGGCAGCCCCGACGGGAAGCAGCCGCCCCCGAGACGCGAUUCCGCGGGCGCUCAGCCCGGCACCGCAGCCCUGUCCCCGUCCCCCACCGGCUUCGGCGGCCGCGUGAAGAGCGCCAGCAAAGCCCCACCGCAGCCGCGCCGGAUCAGCCCCGCGGUGUACGAGACCUUCCUGGAGGGGAGCGAUGCUGCCAACGGCGGAAAGGCGCUGCCGUCGCUCGCAGAUGGAAGCAAAGGGCUGAAGUUACCGCCGCCGCCCCCCCCGAAGUCCAAACGGCUGUCACAGCUCUGAACCCACGGACCGGGGCCGCGGCGGGACCUCAGCUCGAGCGGCUCCCGGACAAAGCCCCUCCCGCGGACCCCGACCGCCGAGCGCUCCGGGCACCGCCG